GUUGUAAAUAACAACUGAUGAUUUGCUGUGAUUUACCAAUACCCUCUUGAAGUUUGGAAAGUUCCCUCUCCACCCUUCUAUGAAAAGCGUGCGUAGAGGGGUGGAUGUUUUUUCCAGCUAACUGGAUUGCCCAAUUACACCGUUGGGUUUUGAAAUCAUGCCUGAAGACGUAAAGCAAAAAGAAAUGGAAGAGAUGUGGAAGGAUGGUUUAAAGAUAGAAUUUCAGUUUGGCAAAGGAGGAUGAUGUGAAGGAGAUCAAAAGUUGGGAGGUACCCGGUCGGAGUCGUGAUGUGGAGUUGGACAACAAACUGGCUUAUAGAUGAAGUUCCGCUUGAAACUAAUUUACUCCUUAAUGUGGAAUCUGAUUAGAACGUCUGGUUUAUUUGGGGUUACUCUUAAAACAUUUCAUCAGACCUUUUCCGAAGCUCUUUCUCUUUCUGAGCGAACAUGAGGGGAGACCAGAGAUCCGCUUCCUUCCACAAGGAAAAGCCGGCAGGCCUGACGCGGGCUCUCAGUUGGCUUAACAUGUCCCCCCUCUCUCACCAGCGGAGACGCUUCUUCCACAGUCAAAGCGAUCUGCACGUAGUUCACAACCCACGCUCGCGAUCCCGCACUCAUCUUCAUGUGCCAAAAAAAGACCAGGAUGUGGACGAUGAUGACUGGGUGUACAGACCUCAACACAAAAUAGCCGUGUCUAACCUGGAUGAGGAGAGCAAAUGGACGGUCCACUACACAGCUCCCUGGCAUCAACGGGAGAACGUCUUUCUCCCAGGCAGCAGACCGCCCUGUGUAGAGGACCUUCACCGGCAGGCAAAAGUCAACCUCAAAACCGCUUUGCGAGAAUGUGACAAGUUGAGGAAAGACGGUUUCCGGAGCUCUCAGUAUUACUCGCAGGGUCCCACUUUCUCUGACCCCAAACAGUCCACCAGCAGCAUAUGUGAUGAAGAGGACGAUGAAAAUGACACAAAGUCGACAGCUUCGUCAGCGGAGGAUGACAAAUCCCAGCUCUCCAUGAGAUCCCCGACGCCGCAGGGAGGGGGCGAGGCAGGCGAGGUGUCGGAGGCUGACGGACAGGUGGUGUGGAACAAGGCCGCGCCCCUCCCGACCCCAGAGGAGAAGAUGAGGCGGGCGGCUCAGGCCGUGCCCACAGAUGUGGUCCCUAUCAACAUCACAGGGGCAGUGUUUGACCGCCAGGCGAGCAUCCGGCGCUCCCUCAUUAACACUGACACCGUGCCCCGCCGGCCCAAGAAGGUCAAACGCAGAAAGACUAUAUCAGGGCUGCCUGACAACCUGAACCAGGAGCUAGCAGCUAAAGGGCGAGGCGGAGAACUUCGGCCACAUUCAAUGUUCAUCCCAGGACAGUACUCUACUCUGGGCCGAGUGGGGAGCGUCAACUCAACCCUCCGACACUCAGAGACCAGAGAUUCGAGCUGCCAGACGGAGGAAGUAAAGGUCGUCCCCCCGUCUAUGAGAAGAAUCCGGGCGCAGAGAGGACAGGGAAUCGCUGCUCAGAUGGCUGGUAUAUCUGCUUCCUCUUCGACAGGAAGCAUCUCCAUCUCCAGCAGCGACAGCUCGGGGGUCGUAAUGCUACCGCAUAAGUUUAACGGAGACCCCUCCCGUUUUCAUAGCCUUCCCCGACAGGGUGCCAGGGUGUCCCUCAGUGCUGAUCCCAUCUAUUGCAGCACGCCCAUAAAAUCAGAGGACCAACCUCAGAGGCAGAUUGGGAAGCUUCAGGUUGAUGACACGGUGGUGCACAUGAGGAACACUCCAAGGAUGAACUCUUUACCCAGGCCGAAGUCUCAAGAGGUGAGAGGGACACCCCACACUGGGUGGGGUGGCAGUACGGCGUGCGUUGUCUCUCCUCAUGCUGCUUAUUCCACAUCCUACAUCCCCAAUGCCACCUUGUCUAGCUCCACUGAGGUGAUCAACCUCAAGACCUACAAUCAGUCACCAGUUUCAGCAUACCCCAUAUCUCGAGCACUCAGCCAGGCUUCCUCCACCAGCACCAACCCCUUGAUGUCCAGUCCAACAGCUUUCAUCCACAGCCCAGCUUUGGCCACUUCUACCCCCAUGCACACACCUCAGGACAGCUGUCUGAUACCUGGCAGGCCAGCUAGUGAGUCGGGUCACUCAGACAGCAGCAUCCACAGCCACAGCACACUGGCCCCCACUCCGCCAUACUGCCUACCAAAGGAGGAUUCGGUCUAUGACACGCCUGAAGAUGUGGUCGCUCCACAUCACACCCUGACUUCCAGUUGCUCCACUCCCAUCAACCAGCUCUACAGCAGCUUGGACCACUCUUCCAGGACCACAACCGACUCCAGUUCCCUCUACUCUCAGGACAACGAUGGAUACUACACCUCUAUGCACCUGGAUUCUGGCUUACGCUCCCGAAGUCAUGGCAGCGGACACGGCCCCACAGCUGGACGAGCCUCUAGACACAGCAUGUACGAGUGUCGUGAGGUAGUCUGUGAGGAAGAUUCUGGAAGUCUGUACAGUGACCGCUCCCUCUCCCGCAGCAUCUCCCUUCGCAAGUCCAGGAAACCCCCGCCCCCCCCGGCUCGGACGGACUCUCUGAGACGCAAGCCUGCAGUGAAGAAGCCCCUCGGAGGCGUAGGCGCCAUCAGCGGUGCAGGUGUGCCGAACGGCAGCAUGCUCAGUGAGACUCUGAUCGCCAGCUUGCAGCAGAGCUUACAGAUGGGACUGAGAGGGGGGGAAGGAAAGGGCGCUUCACCCUCUUCACCCUCGCACAGCCCAAGCAGUGACUACGAUGACCCCUGGGUGAUGCGGUCACGCAGUCAGAGCAGCAUCAGUGCAGGUAGCUCUGCAGCCUCCCUGACAGCGAACGCCAGCUGUGGAGGCGUGCCAAACGUGUACUCGCUCUGCCAUGUGACACCCACCCCCAGCGACACCAGCAGCUUGCGUUCUGACUAUGCUGACUCGUGGGGAUACUACUCAGACUACCCGCGUAACCAAGUGGACCAGAUGGUUCAGACGCCUCCUGGCCACACCACAGAUAAGGUCACAGCCGGGGGUCAUCCAGGAAAAUUUCUGAAUGGAGGUGAGACCAAGGGGACUACAACCCAGGAGGUAGAAGUGUCUGUGAAGACCAAACCCUCCAGCUCCUCACCAGACAGGGUGCAUAGACUCACCUCCCCAUCCAGCGGCUACUCCAGCCAGUCCAAUACCCCCACGGCUGGAACACCGGUACCUGCAUUCAUCAGGCCCAUAUCUCCGUCAGGUGGCAGACCCAAGCCCAAAGUCCCAGAGAGGAAGUCAUCUCUCCUCUCCUCAGUUUCCAUCUCUUCUUCCUCUACAUCCCUGUCCUCCAACACCUCGGACAGUCUGAAGAGCUCUGGUCCCCCUCCACCACCUCCACCACUGCUGCUCUCGUCCUCAGCUCCCAGCACCCCUCUCAAUGCACCUCCACCUUUCCCUCCCCCUCCAAGUUGUACUCCUCCACCUCCUCAGGAUACUUCACUGAGUCCCCUCCUUGCCUGCUCCACUUCCCCAGAAUUCCCUCCUCCGCCAUCCCCAGACAUGCUAAUCCAUACCAGCUCAUCUUUUAAUGGGAGCCUCAGUCCACCCCCUCCCCCGCCUCUUCCUGCCAUACGGCCCCCUCCACCUCCUCCACUGCCUACUUUUGCUUCAGCAUCCUCCUCACCCCCUAAGAAGGCAGCAAAAGAUCCUCCUAAGGCAGAUAUUUCUAAUAGCCCCUCCAAGUCCCCCAAGCCCCUCAUCACCCCAUUUGCACUGCAGAGUGUCCGGCUUCGCUCAGUCAGACGACCAGAGAAUGAAAUUACCAGUAGACUAGACCACACUGAAGCUCAGGAAACCAGAAUAGAAACCAUUUUGGGUCUGAAACAUCAGGACCAGGAGUCAUCUUACUCUGAAGUGCUGACUGGUUGUCCAGGACAGGAUUUGCCCAAGACCCCACCGUCACCUGUGUCACAGCUUCUGGAAAAGCUAUCAUUGGACUGCAGUUUUACAGAUGAAACACCUGAUAGCGCUGCCAUCAAUGGGAAAACUGAAGAACAAAGUUACUGUCUGCUAAACGGUAAAGAAAACGAGGAAGGGAUCUCAUUGCACAGCCGCCCACGCAGCUGUGAAGUGUCCCCCAUCAAACAGAAGCCCCCGGCGGUCUCCAAGAAACCCAAGCUUUCUCUGAUCUUACCGUUGAACCCAAGCGAACAUGUUCAGCCACAGCUUCACGAUACAGUUUCUCUCACCCAAUCAGAAGACCAAGUGGAUGCAUUGCACAAGCAGAUAAAGGAGGAGGUGAUAGAGAGGAGUGAGCAACAGGAUGAAGAGAAUACUAAAGAAAGCCUUGAGCUGUCAGGGAGAGGUGAGGCAUCACCAGACCAGGAUGACUCCUGCUUCACAAGUGGAGAUACAAGCGUUGAUCACAAACUUCCAAAUGGAGAAACUAAUGAAGAGGAAGAAGAUGGACUGAGCAGCACAACCGGAUCCAUCAGCUCCAAGGAGGAUGAUAUAGGUGAGGUUUUUGAAUCCAGUACGGCUGAACCGUUUCCGGCCCUGUCAUCAAACGGGGCACCUGACGAGAACAUGGUGACCCCAACUCCUACUCCUACUCGAGCCAGAACCACAGAGGAUCUCUUUGCUGUAAUACACAGGUCAAAGCGGAAGGUCCUGGGACGUAGGGAGUCUGAAGAAGACAAAUCCCGAACCGAGAGCCAAUCUCAGUCUCCACCAUCGACCCCCACCAGCCUGUCUCCAGUGUCCCUGUCAUCGCUAACCCGCCAGUCGGGGUCAAUUCAGCGCAACCUUCGCAAGACCUCCACCAGCAGCGACACCUUCAAGGCCCUCCUCCUCAAAAAGGGGAGCCGCUCCGAGACCAGUUUCAGGAUGUCUGCCGCCGAGAUGCUUCGCUCCACUGACCCACGCUUUCAGCGAACACGCUCCGAGGGCUCGUUAGACCCCGCUCUUUCUUCGCCAGUCUCACCGAUGGCCCCAAACAGCCCCUCCAACUCUCCCAGUCGAGGUAAGAGGGCAACAGAGGUGGAGUGGAACCGCUAUGAGGCCUUGGGUCUGUCCUCCCCGACGUCUUCACCCUACUCCAUGGGCAUCUCAAAGUACGGACGCUCCCGCACUCCUCCUUCUGCCGCCAGCAGCAAAUACAACGCUCGGAACAGAAUCCUCAGCAGCCCCAUGACUGUGAUCUGCGAGCGCGAAGGGGAGCUAGGUGAGAGCGAGUACGGAGAAACUGCUGAAAAUCUGUCGGAACCAGCAGUCCGGACUGUCCCUAUGCUUACAGACUCCAAUGGCACUUGAUGAGCUGAACUCAUGUGGAACAUAACCUGGAAGGGGUCCUGAACAGGAGCCUCCCUGAGCUCCAGCCCCCUUUGUGCUGCCUCUGAAGGAGUGAUGUGACGCCGGUGGUCACCUGAUCAUGGACCAUGCAAACCUGCCUAAAGUGGAAAAACGGUUCUGCUCCUAUAAUUUCAGUCUCUACUCAAUCUUCUAGUGAUUCACUACUUGUGAAAAGAAGUCAUUCUUUAACACAUGGCAUCUUUAUUUAAAUGUUUUAAUAAUCCUUCUAGUUUAGUUAUAGGACAAGUAUUUGGGGUCAAAAUAAGGUGAAUUGAAGGAAUUGCAGAGUGAAAAUUGUUUAACUUUGCAGCUGAACUUUUUCAAAAGACUGGAAAGUAAAGAUGUGGUUUUCUCUCCGCCUGUAAAUCUCAGUUUCUACUUUUCACCGCCUGGCUUUAGAACGUGACUGCAAGCAGCACCGUUUACAAAUGUCAUCAUAAAUAAAACCGAAUUGAGGACAAGGUACAGCAGACAGAAAGCCCGACGGUACACCUUCAGCUGUAGAAACAACAGCUUUUUACUUUCUGCUCACAAUUCACUUGUUAAAGUGUUCAGUGGUCCAUGGGAAGUGCAGAGGGGGCUCCGUGCUACCACCUAGAGAUGGGAUCAGUGAGGACGAAGCCAAGACUGGAACGACAAAUCUUGACUUUUAGUUUGUAGACUUUGCACUGUGCAUAGAUCUGUUUUUGUUUGUGACUUUGAAAUAUGUUUUAGAGGUCGUUUUAGUUAUGAGUUGCGUUUGGGAGUUAAAUAUGAACCUGUAAAUGUAUAUUAAAAGAUCUUAUUUUAUUGUCGAGCUCUUUUAGUUUUUAUGUGGGUAACCAAAGAGUUUAAUAUUAAACAGAACUGGCUGGUAAUCUGA